AUGGCUUUAGUUUGGCUUUCCAAAGAUAAUCAAAUCAGUAAACAAAAGCCAUUCAAAAUUUUCAAUUUCUGGAUCAAACAUCUUACCUUUCUUGAUGAAGUCCUUUUCUCUUGGCAGCAAUCUACUCAAGGCAACCCGAUGCAGAAAUUAUUCUUUAAACUAAAAUGUUUAAAGCCUUGCCUGAAGAAACUUAACAAAGAUAAUUUUAGUGACAUCUCGACAAGGGUUAGAUUAAAAAGAACAGAACUGGAGAAUGCUCAAGUUUCUUCUCUUAAUGGGAAAAACUCUUUUGAAGAUGAAUUAAAUGUCCAAAAGGAGUUAAUUACCCUUGAAGAAUCUGAGUUCAUGUUUCUUAAACAAAAAGCUAAGGUUAGGUGGAUAAAAGAAGAAGACAAAUGCACCAAACUUUUCCUUACUGCUAUUGCCUCUAAAUUCAAAAGAGAUACCAUCAGGGUCCUAACUAACAAUGAGGUUAAAAGACUGGAUUCAUUUGAUGAUAUGGCUAAGGAAAUCAUAGAUUACUUCCAGAAUCAACUAGGGACUUCUGACCCUAAUGUUCUUCCUCCAGAUCCUGCUUUCUUGAAUAAUCUGCUUCGUUUUUCUCUGCCAACUGAGACUGCAUCUGCCCUUAUUAAGACUGUUACUGUUGAAGAGAUAAAAUAA